CCUGAAAUUGAAGCAUAAGACGAACGAAAUAUUAUAACCCUUACCCGACAUUCUCAAGCCUUCCUACUAGAGGUAGAUAGGACGGCCAUGUGAGCUUAUCUGCAACCUAAAUGGCAUACUAAUAUAAAUUUAGUUACAUUGCAUGUUUACAAAAUUGAUUUACUUGUCGAAGGAUAUACGACGUGAAGUCAACUGGUUGGUGUUUAUGAAAUGACAAUGCGAAGGGUAGCUGAAAGAUGCCCAAUGCUACCUUGAGGAAUGCAUGGGAACAGAAGUGGUUCAGAAAGAAGAUGGAGAUAUUCAAUAGAGAGUGUGGGCAUUUUGCCUCCAGCCUUGUUGCUCUUUUGCACUUCGCAUAUAUUCUUCGUUUCUUCGUCCCUCGGUUCUUUACUAUUGAAGAUUAUCUCACUAACAACACUCCUCACGGAUUAUAUCUUUCUUCAAACAUCACCUAGGGUAUUAUAAAGGACUUAAUUAAAAUGGGCACAAGCGAUAACAACCAGCAGCCAGCCGGUUCAAGCCAUAACCACGAGAACCCAGGUAACGAAAAGAUGCAAAAUACUACUAGUGGCCCGAGGCACACUGCUACUAAGAAGAAAAUCAUCAUCUGUUGUGAUGGAACCUGGAAUAGCGAGAACAGCAACGAACAACGAUCCAAUGUGUCGGAAAUCUCGAGGUGUAUCAUGCCGUACGAUCAGGAUGGUGUACCGCAGAUUGUCUUCUAUCAGCCUGGUGUCGGCACAGGAACGUCAAAAUUGGGAAAUGUAUGGGAAGGACUGACAGGCAGAGGACUUUAUGAGAAUAUAUGUGAAGCCUAUAGCUUCCUAUGCCAUAAUUAUAGCCACGAAGACGAUGAAAUAUUCUUAGUCGGAUUCUCACGAGGCGCUUUCACUGUUAGAUGCGUGGCCGAGUUCCUGAACGACGUAGGGUUGCUUGAGAAGAGAGGGAUGAUGAACGUACUUGAGGUUUUCAAGCUUUGGGAAGUUAAGAUUAAGGUACAUUCUCUAUGCGGGUGGGGCAGGAGACUAAAGCCGUCACCCGCAGAGUUGCUGCAACAGAAGAUCAACGAUCUCGAGGGCAAAGGAGCUCUUCGUCGGAAUAUCAAGGUCAAGGCAUGCGCUGUUUGGGACACUGUGAGCUCACUAGGGAUCCCGAUGCCCUGGUUCAUCCCCCAACCUGGACCACGGAAACUGAAGUUUGUCAAUUCACAUCUCUGUCCAAAUAUAGAGCAUGCCUUCCAGGCACUCGCAUUGCAUGAAAGGCGACGCCACUUCCUUCCGAUUGUGUGGAAGCUUGCACCUGAAGCACAGCACAACACGGAAAAGAUCAUUCCUGAUCGUAUCGGGCAAGACACCGGCGAUAUCGGGGCUGAUGUACGGAGACACCAGGCGGCACAACCAGGCGGCACAGUUCUGAAACAGUGCUGGUUUCUAGGGUGCCACGGCGAUGUUGGUGGUGGAAACCAAGAAGCAGGGCUGUCGCAUAUAUCUUUGAUCUGGAUGCUUUCGCAGCUCAAUCCGUUUUUAUCAAUAGGUAUUGAGAAUCUUCGACAGCCAGCUACUCAUGCCAAUCGGCAUCACGAUGAAGAGAUCGCAAAUGCCGCCGAGACUAGCGAUAUGCGGAAAACUAGGACCGGUAUCUGGUUAUUCCUUGAUGUCCCUCUUAGGUUACCUCUGGGUGAUGGAGAGAUAGACAUGUCGUGGAGAGUAGCGAAGCAAUUUACGAGUAGUUCAACUAUACGGGUUCGUGACUCCUUGCGAGGCCUGUUCCGGAUCGGUGGCUCUAGAUUGAGGGAGCCGUGUAGCCGGUUUUUGGGAAAUUAUGGCAUAGAAGAAGUGAAGAAGCCUGAUUUCUCUAGCAGCAACGAAACGAUGCAUUUCACUACCCGCCUUCUACUAGCCGAUGAAAUCAUAAUGCCACCCCAAUCCCUCAAAGACACUCGUACAAUUUCGGAUGGAAAUAAAGAAAUCUGGAAAUUUCCCGGUCCAAAGCUAAGCUGUAGGGAACAGAGGACGCCAUACGUGGUGGGCGAAGAUGAACCUAACGCGGUCGAGAUGGAACUGCUACAGUGGUGGCUUAAAGUCUCACAAAGCUGGCUUAUUCAUGGGGCCAGUAAUGGUAAGAAAGAUGGAGGAACAAAACUCGGAGAUAUCACACUCCCAUUAUUAAGGCGACUUAACGACCAUCGUCCCCACGGUGGUGACUCUCAGUGGCCUAGACCCAAAGACAAGAAACCCUCUAGUUCUAUGAAAUCCAUUGCGCAGAACUGGGGCAAAGAAUUGUUUGGGAAAAACAAAUGAGGAAUGCUUCAAGGUUGGAUUCUAAAGACUUGGAGGUGUCGAUGAAUGGUAAAGCGGGUCCAGAAUGGCUUAUUGUUCCAAGGUUUUGAUUGGAGAAAUUGCUCAGUGGCUGAGGUCCUAAUGAAUUUCUUAUCUUAUCAGAAAGC